AUGCACCGCGCGCGCGGCCUGUGGCGGGCGAGGGUCGCCGCGACCCUCGGGGGGUCCCGGGCGCUCUCCGGGAUUCCCGGGGCCUCUCCGGGGACUCCCGGUGCCGGGUUGGGCCCCGAGGCCGAAGCGGACCCGGAGCUGCUCCGCGCCAGCAGCCCCGAGCUUGCCCGGCGGCUCCGCGGACUCGCGCUGGUCCGGGGCGGCUUCGUGAGCGACGGGGAGGCGGCGGAGCUGCUGCGGGAGGUGGAGCCGGGGCUGCGCCGGGGGCGGUACCAGAACGACCACUGGGACCGGGCCAUCACCGGCUACCGAGAGACGGAGCGGGGCCUGCGGGGGGGCGCGGGGCGGGCGCUGCUGCUCCGGGUGACCCCCGCGUUCCCCCCGAGCCGCCCCCCCCGGCCCAGCGCCCACGUCCUCGACCUCCUGCCGGGGGGACGCGUGGGGCCGCACGUGGACAGCGUUAAGUUCUGUGGCUGCACCAUCGCGGGGGUGUCACUGCUGUCCCCCAGUGUCCUGCGGCUCCAGAGCCUCCGGGACCCCGAGGACUGGCUGGAGCUGCUGCUGGAGCCAGGGUCCCUCUACGUCCUCCGGGGUGCUGCCAGGUACGACUUCACCCAUGAGAUCCUCCCGGACGAGCAAUCAUUUUUUGGGGGGCUUCGGGUGCCGCGGGGGCGCCGGGUGGCCUUGAUCUUCCGCAAUGACCCCCCAGAGACACCUCCGGACCCUCUCAGCGACCUCCCGGCGUUUAUUGAGGACCCCCACGACCCUCCAGCCCCGAAAUGAGCUCCCCCAAUAAACAGCGAUUCCCCCUGCACUUGGCUCUUGGGGGGGGGCUGUUU